AUGGCUGACACCAAUCCAUCUACUGGCAAUGUGCCCUCUUCCACUUCCGAUUCCAUCGAUUCGUCAACAACAUCCGCCUCUUCUUCCACUUCCGCCUUCUCCUCAUCAGCCACCAUCAGCAUCGGCUCGUCCACUUCGGACCCGGUCUCGUCCUCAACAUCAUCUUCCGUCGCCUCUUCGUCGUCCUCCAGCUCUUCGUCGUCGACAACGUCCACGAGCUCUUCCACCAGCACCACCUCAAGUUCCACGACAUCGACGAGUUCAUCGACCAGCACAUCAUCGAGCUCGUCGAGUGUCCCUUCGACCACCUCGACGACCUCUACGAGCUCAAGCACAAGCACAGAGCCCACCACCACUGCCGUCGUCUCGACCUCGACCUCGCUCACUCCCUCGGUCAUCACCACCCAGACCUCGCUCACCACCAUCACCCUACCCAACGGUCAGACCUCCACCUCGACCGCCUUCGCCGUCACCACGGCCAACGGCCAGCUCUCCGGCAACUCGGGCAGCAACUCGGGCAGUGACAAUGGCUUCUUCAGCAAUUCGGGCGCGGUCGGUGGCACGUUCACCGUCGUCGGUCUCGUCGUCGCCGGUAUCAUCGGUGGGAUCUUCUACAUGCUCUAUCGCCGACGCAAGGCGCAGCGUAUGGACGCCGAUGUUGUAGCCGCCGCUUCGGCUGCAGCCGCGACCAAGCGCACGCCGUUCGACGACGACGAUCCGGAGAUGAUCGAGGAUCCAUCCUACGGCAUUGGCACUGCUGGUCUCGGUGGUGCCGCCGCCGGAGCCGGCGCAUACGGAGCGAGCAACGCCAUGAUGCAGCAGUACUACUCCAACUACGGCGGUGCGCAGAGCGAGGGGUAUGAGCCAUCGCACAUGUCGGGCGGCACUGCGCCGGGGUAUGCCGGUAUGGGUGCGUACGGUCCUGUUGCUACGGGUGCCGCGGGUGGCGCGGCGGCGGCGGGCUACUACGGUGGUGCCGGGGCGGGCACCGAGGGUUCGCACUACUACGAGAGCGUUCCUGCGGGUAUGUCGGACCACGCGUAUUCGAUGGCUCAUGACAACGGAUAUAGCCAGGGUGGACACGAGGAUGCGUACGGUGGAUACGCGGGUGGUGCACCCCAGCUCAACUGGCAACCGGGUGCGUCGCCGCCGUUGGACCACGAGUACGCCGCCGCUGGUGCUGCACAAGGUCAGAACGGUAACGUGUUCGCAGACCCAAGCAGCAGCUCGAACGAAACGGAUGGGAGAAUCGACAUGACCGCUCACAAUGGCGGAUCCAGCGUCAGCCUCAGGGACGACCAGGACUAUGGCCGUCGAUUGGCUGUUAGGAACGGAGAGCAGUAA